UUAUAACACAGGGUUUCCCGAUUCUUAGUGCAAAAACAUUAAAAUAUAGUAUCUAUUGGAUCAGCUUAAGGUUCAAAUUAGGUGCACUCACUGAAGCGGUUGAAAGCCUUUAUAAAUUGAAGAGAUUGUUUUAAACAAGUUUCAGAUACCAAAGAACUUUGCGCAGAAGCAGAUGUGUGUUUCACUGUUCAUUAUUGUAUACUAAAUACAAAGGAGUGUGAAAUAAAUUAAAAUAUUUUAAUUUAAUUAAAAGAGAUGGUGGACUACUCAAAUAGUGGUAACAUGGGCGACUUGGAACGGGGCGAGGGCGUACAGGUGGUGAAGCUGGGCGAGGGCGCGCAGCGGUACGAGCUGGACGAGGAGGCGCUGCGCCGUGUGCUGAUGCGGCAGGACGUGCGCGGCCUGCCAGUGGUGGUAGUCAGCGUCGCCGGCGCCUACCGCGGUGGCAAGUCCUUCAUACUCGACUUCUUUCUUAGAUACCUCAACGCGCCUCGCGAGAGUCAGGUGAAUGGCAAUUGGUUGGGGACCGAGGACGAGCCACUACAAGGGUUUCACUGGCGAGGUGGCGAUGAUCGGGACACCACUGGUAUCAACCUGUGGUCAAAACCUAUCAUCAGUACCCUGCCCACUGGCGAGAAGGUGGCCGUGUUGCUAAUGGAUACACAGGGCACCUUCGACUCGGAGACCACGAUAGGCCAGAACUCGACGAUUUUCGCGCUGUCCACGCUCAUCUCGUCCGUGCAGAUUUACAAUCUGUCCGGUAACAUCAAGGAAGAUGAUCUACAGCACUUGCAGCUGUUCACGGAGUACGGUCGACUCGCGUGCGACACUGAAUCCAAAGCGUUCCAGACUCUACUGUUCCUCGUCAGGGAUUGGCCACACGCUUUUGAACACCCUUACGGAUUCUACGGCGGGUCUACAUUACUCAACAAAAGGCUACAGACAAACCUGAACCAAAAGCCAGAAUUACGGGAAGUCCGGGAACACAUAAGGUCAUGUUUCGAUAAGAUGAUUUGUUGCCUGAUGCCGCACCCGGGCCUUACCGUGAACAACCAAUUCUUCGCCGGUUGCCUGCGAGAACUGACACCAGACUUCCGAAGAACUCUCUUGGAGUUGGUUCCUUCCCUGUUUGAACCGACACAGCUCGUUCCUAAACUGGUGACAGGCCAGCUCAUCCAAUGUCAAGAUUUACUUGACUACUUUAAAAAGUACUUAAAUAUCUUUAACAGCGGUGAGAUACCAGAGGCAGUUACCAUUUUAAAGGCGACGGCAGACGCGUGCCUGCUGGCGGCGACGCGGGAAGCGCGCGAUUUGUACACCAAGUACAUGCAAGAGCGCGUGCGCGACAGCUUCAGUGUCAGCAACGCAACACUCACUGAAUGGCACGAGGAAGCGCGGGACCAAGCCCUGAGACGCUUCACAGAGAAAAGGAAAUUGGCUGCUCAAGCCGACGUUAAUGCUCAUCUUGAAGCACUCAAAAUGGAAUUAGACGCUUGUCAGGCUCAACACACUCGGGACAAUGAGUUUAAGGUUCAAGACACGAUGUCCCUCGCUAAGAUUGCCUACGAGGCGGCUGUGAGCCGCGUGUGUGCGGAGCACGCGCGGCUGUGCCUGCACCCGCAGGACCUGGAGGAGCUGCACGCAGAUGCUCUGCGACAGGCGCUCGAAAUCUUCGAUGCCUCCAGGGACGUGCCCCAAGGCGAAGAAGAUAUCAAAAAAACUAAUCUACUAAGAACUUUAGAACAGCUUCAUGAGAGUUUAUCGGUGGUCAGUAAUCGGAAUAACUUAAACGCCGUGUGGGAGGCCCGGGACACGUACGUGAGACGAAUGAAGAUGGACAUGGACCAGACAGGCGUCACCUCGGAGCGACUGUCCGCGCAGCACGAAGACGCAGUGCAACUGGCUAAAACCGCGUUCUAUAGUUUGAGGAGCCGCCCCACUGAGCAUGCAAAUGACGCAUUCAUUGCGCGUCUUCUACAAGAAAUUAACGACUGCUUUGGGGAUAUGGAAAAAGCGAAUAAUUACAGCAACAUGAUGGCAAUGCAGGCGGCUGAAAACGCGUACAAUAACUAUAUAACGCGGGCAUGGGGCCCGCAGACGUGCUGCUUCCACCCGCGCGGGCUGGAGGACUUGCACAACGAAGCUGUGACUGAAGUAAUGGCCGACAUCCUCGCUAAACGACCGCAGCGCGAUACCACAGAAUUUAAGACCGCAGUAAACGAGAUUUUUACAAAGCGUUACGAAGAAUUGAAAAAAGUUAACGUAUACAACAAUGAGCAGGCAGUGCAUUAUGCCUUACUAGUGUAUGAAUCAAAGAGGAAAUACGUUACGAAUGUUUCUGUAUUUGGUAUUUUUAUGUCUCCCUUCGACAAAUGGUUAACGAAACAUGAAGAUGCCAAACGCGCUGCUAUAUCUGAAUUUAUGAAUAGACGACGUGGGACUGAUUACAACAAUGACCAAUUUUACGACGAUCUUAUAAAGAAAAUUGAGAACGCGAAGAUUUAAUACUAGAUGUUCAGACGACAUUCUCCGUUAGUCGGCUCGUCUUUUAUUUACAAUUUUUUAUUCAUUUUAACAUUGUUUUUUACUAUUAUAUAAAUGAAUUCUAUCUACUUGUAUA